AACUUCUUCUUCUUUGCAAACUACACCAUGAGUCAAGUCUUCAAUAGUUCAAGCGGGUCCAAUGCCGACUCCACCGCUACUACCACCGGUGCUGCCACCAUCAGCAAGGCCGGAAACAUCGCCUCGUUCUCCCCAUCGCUGCCGCUCACUGCCAUCGACACCUACGGGAACACGUUCGAAGUGCCUGAUUUCACCAUCAAAGACAUUUUAUCCGCCAUCCCCAAACACUGCUACAACCGGUCAAUGGUCUUGGGAUUCUACUAUGUGCUCCGCGAUAUUGCCUUGUUGCUUGUGGCCGGGUACAUUGCCAAUACCUACGUCCCCAUGAUCCCCAGUAAGUUGGCUCGUACCGCCGCUUACGCCGGAUACGCAUAUUUCCAGGGAUUGGUUUCCACCGGCUUGUGGGUUUUGGCUCACGAGUGUGGCCACCAGGCGUUCAGUAACUAUGGCUUUGUCAACGAUGCCGUCGGAUGGGUGUUGCACUCAUACCUCAUGGUACCAUACUUUUCGUGGAAAUACUCCCACUCGAUGCACCACAAAUCCACCGGUAACUUGGCCCGUGACAUGACGUUUGUCCCCAAAAACAAGCAGGAGUACUUGAAGGCCAAGGGCGCCGUCGACUUGGAUGAUCUCUUGGAAGAUUCCCCCAUCUACACAUUGGUGCAGUUGGUGGUACAACAGCUUUUUGGAUGGAUCGCCUAUUUGUUUGCCAACGUCUCAGGCCAGAGAUUGACGAAUGUGCUGGCGAUGCGUAAAAACCACUUUAACCCCAACUCGGUGUUGUUUGACAGAAAGGCUUACUGGUACAUUUUACUCUCGGAUUUGGGACUCAUCACCAUGGGAUUUGUGUUGUAUAAUGUGUACAAGCGGUUUGGUGGGUUCAGCUUGUUGAUCAACUGGGUAUUGCCAUAUAUCUUGGUGAACCACUGGUUGGUUUUCAUCACCUUUUUGCAGCACUCAGACCCUGAAUUACCUCAUUAUGAGGCUCAUCAAUGGAACUUUGCUAGGGGAGCUGCCACCACCAUCGACCGUGAGUUUGGGUUUGUGGGUGAGUACCUUUUCCAUGAUAUCAUCGAGACCCAUGUGUUGCACCACUUUGUGUCAAGAAUUCCCUUCUAUAAUGCCAGAGAGGCCAGCGAAGCCAUCAAAAAGGUCAUGGGAAAGCACUACCGUCACACCGAUGAAAGUAUGUGGGUGUCAUUGUGGAAGUCAGGUAGAUGGUGCCAGUAUGUGGACGGAGACAAUGGGGUCAUGAUGUACAGAAACGUCAAUGGGCUCGGCAUGGGCACCAAGUUGAAGUAGAUUAGAUAAGAUUAGAUAACACUAAAUAAACUACAGAUGUUUUAUGCAAUAAAUGGAAUCUUGGUCCCUACUCGCCGCCUAUACUCCCGAUAGUCGUCACCAAAGAACUGCACGAGGAACUUUUCUUCAAACUCGAUUCGUGCCUUGAAAAACCUCCAGAUCUUAUACCCGGAAUACCCAAGUACCACCCAGUUGUUCAUAUAAACCCGUAACCCCACAAACCACCAGAAAAAGCCAAAGUAGCUCGGGUGUCGACUGACGGCAUACACCCCGUGUGUCACUAGGACGUGGUCAUCGCUCUUUACUCGUUGAAUAUAAUGGUUAAAUGAUGUUUUGGCAGUGUACAUGCUCGCGGUCCUGAAAAACUGGCCCAACCCCAUUAAAAAUACCCCUAGAUAUUGCAAUUGGAUCACCGGACGGAUCUCAAGCCAUCUGAGCAUGUAGUGCUCCACUAGGCUACACACGUUGACCAAAAGCAAGUCGUAGUCGGUCAAAAUGAAUGAGUCAUCAUCGACUUGGCUAGUGUUCCAUACGCUGGUGGAGAUGAAUUCAAGCAAGUGGAAGAUGCAUAUGGAGAGCACAUAGGACGAUAGGUGGAAAAAGCCGGGUUCAAACAUGAAGCUGAGGCAUGUAGAUAUGACGGCACCAAGGGCCACCGACUUGGCACACACUACAGUGAGGUUGACUUUGGAGGGAUCAUAGGACAUUGCAGACACAGAGCAUUUCGCAAAUACCGCGCACUCUUCGCCCCAUCUCUCACCCAUGUACAACCCCCAAUCCAACAACACCACAUACAUCUGCCUUACAUCGCUUGCACUUGGCAUGGCCAUAGCCCAGGCCCUUCUUUCCCGCCUGGUCCUCGCGGACUACGUCUUGCUUCUUUGUGGUUUCCACCUCAACGAGUUCAUCUCCAUCUGCCUCUACCUGCCGCAGUCCCUCACUCAAAACUCAUUUUUGAUCUGGAACAAUCAGGGUAGCCGCGAGUACUGGACGGUCCAGCUCUUCACAGUGGUGGAAUCAAUGGUUCUCCGGCGGCACCCGCUAGAUUUCGGUAAAACUGCCAAUUCAAUUGCAUUUGUGGUUCUGACUCUAGGAAUCGCUCUCCGGCACAUCGCCAUUAGACACCUAAGAACCGCAUUUUCCCACUAUAUAGACCCACAGAACCCUCAAUUGGUCACUUCUGGCAUUUACUCAUUCACUCGGCACCCCAGCUACCUCGGUUUCUACUUGUUCGUUGUGGGAAUACAAGUAUAUCUCAACAACAGCAUAAUGUUGGUGGCUUCAAUCCUAAUGCUUCGACAGUUCCUCCAAACCCGAGUUCGGUUUGAAGAACAUCACCUCACACGUAUCCAUGGCGCCGCGUACACCGACUACAAGCUCCGGGUGGGCACAUACAUUCCAUUUCUAUAGACUUUUAUUCAUAAACCUUCUCUUGGAGAACGCGAGCCAGUACUUACUGGGCACAUCACUUGCAACAUAAAUCCGCUUCAACAACCGGUCCGAUAACUCUUGUCUGAGCUGCUGCAAGUAGCCUCUUAACAACUCGGCCUCAUUCUUGUUGGCGGGUGGUAAGUACAUCGAGCUUAGGGGGAAUCCUAUGUCACCUGGCAACGCAAACGACUCCAACGAAAUAUUGUUCAAAAUACGAGUGGCUUCUUUCAACCCCACGGUUUUGUUCAACUUGGACAAGCACUCAGACACAAACAAGAUACCGUAUAUCAACACCCGGUCAGCCGGGCCCUUGAUUUCGAAAUUCUUGAAAAACGAGUUGGCACGAAACAAAUCCAACACCUCUUCCACAAUGUCAUACUCUUGUUCGGUGGGGUAUGAAGGUCCUCUAAACUUGGUCUUGAAAGGUAACAACACCAUGUUUCCCACGGUCCGGUUAGAGGUGUCACUCUCACUCAAAAACGUCGAAUGGUAUGCUGGCAUAUUGUGUAGCUAGUCAGGCAAGGGAGUUUUGAUGUAAACGUUCG